AUGCUUCCUCCAUUCGACUAUUUCACGUAUCGCCGCAUACGCAACCAAAAGCAAGCGGAGAGGGAGCUCCGCUUUGCCUCCCUACCCCAUCCUUAUCUCCUCCAGAUUACAAAGGCCGACAAGGAAAUCAUCGAUCAGCCGAUUGAGGAGCUUGUUCUGGAUAUUCAAACCUCCAAGACUUCUCCGUUGGCUGUUCUCCGCACAUAUGGCAAGGUCGCUGUUCGUGCGCAGAAGCGGACUAACUGCAUUACGGAGCUUUUGCUACCAGAAGCUGAAUCAUGGCUUCAGUCUGAGAUUAAUCUCAAGGGGCCAUUGGCGGGUAUUCCCAUCUCCGUGAAAGACUCGCUUCAAGUCAAGGGAUUCGACUCAACCCUGGGCUACUCUACCAAGGCCGGGAAGCCCUUCACAGAGGAUGGAGCGAUGAUCAAACUCCUCAAGGAUGCGGGCGCUGUCCCAUAUGCAAAGACUGCCCUACCUAUCACACUUCUGUCUUUUGAAUCCGCCAACGGACUGUGGGGCACCUGCCGCAACCCUCAUGUACCCGAAUAUUCGCCCGGUGGCUCGACGGGUGGUGAGGGUGCUUUGCUAGCGCAGGGUGGUCGCAUUGGUAUUGGCUCUGACGUCGCUGGGUCUGUCCGUGUUCCAGCUGCUUGGAGUGGUAUUUACUCUCUUCGCUGUAGUACUGGUCGCUGGCCUAAGGCUGGAGUGAGUACCAGUAUGCCUGGACAGGAAGGUAUUGCGAGUGUUUUCAGCCCUAUGGCUCGCACUUUGAAUGACUUGACAUACUUCACACGUGCGAUUAUUGGCAUGCAGCCCUGGAAGUAUGAUACAACAGUUCAUCCGAUUUCGUGGCGGGAAGAGCUUGAGGCCGAGGCCCAAGAUAAGCAGCUUCGUAUUGGAUUGAUGAGCAACGAUGGUGUUGUGCCCCCCACUCCAGCUAUCGAGCGCGCUCUUUCUACUACUGUCGCUGCUUUGACUCAGGCCGGUCAUACAGUGACUGAGAUCACCACACCCAAGGAUGCUGAUCCCUUCACCGGUUUUAACCUCGCUUCUCAACUUCUGAACUCUGAUGGAUGCCACCACUUCAACCUUCCUCUUCGUAGCUUUGAGCCCUCUGACCCAGGUGCCGAGCAGAUGACUCGCAUUGCCCACCUCCCUCGCCCAUUCCGCUAUCUCUACUAUCUUUAUGUGCGCUACAUCAAGCGCGACACCAUUCUUGCUACUCUGAUUCGUGACUUUGGACCAAAAUCCUCCGCUGAUCUGUGGACCCUUACUGCGCAGCGCGAAGCUUUCCGAGCCACCUGGCACAACUGGUGGAACGCUGAGCCGCAACAAUUCGAUUUCAUCUUGUGCCCUGUCAACGCCACGCCCGCGCUACCACAUAAUGCCAUGCGCGAUGCCAUGUCGUCCUGUGGAUACACAUUCCUAUUUAACCUUCUGGAUUAUUCAGCUGGUGUGCUCCCAGUCGGCCAUGUGGAUGCUACACGCGAUGCUCUGGUUACCCCGUACAAGACGGCCCUGAAACGGCUAGGUAGUGACCAUUCCGUUGCCCGCGGUGCUUGGAAGCACUAUGAUGCAGCUAAGAUGGCUGGUCUCCCCACUGCUGUGCAGGUAGUCGGUCGUCGCUGGCAAGAAGAGCAAGUUCUCGGGUACAUGUCCGUUGUUGAGAGUGCGCUAGAGCAAUAUCGGGAUCCACACACUGGCCAAAAUGCCAAAUAUACCCUACUCGAGAUUGAUUAG